AUGGCAAGUCCUCCUAUUUUUAUAGGUAUUUGUGGUGGAACUGCUUCUGGGAAAACAACUCUAUGCAAUAGAAUAAGUGAAGCGUUAGGUGCGGAAUGCACCGUCCUGGGUAUGGACCACUUCUAUAAAGGUCUAACAGAAGAAGAGCUUCCUUUGGUGCAUGAGUAUAACUUUGAUCACCCCAAUGCACUUGAUUUUGAUGAAAUGUAUAUUGCUGUGCAAAAACUGUUGAGAAGGGAAGAUGCUGAUAUCCCAAUUUAUGAUUUUAAAACCCAUGGGAGGAAAGCUGAAAGACAGAUUGUGAGGAGUUCGAACUUGAUCCUUUUUGAAGGAAUUUUGGCUUUUUUUGAUAAGAGGCUGAGAGAUCUUAUGAAAUUAAAGAUUUUUGUUCAGACAGAUGAUGAUAUAAGACUCUGCAGGAGAUUAUUAAGAGAUGUUGCUGAAAGAGGCAGAGACCCAGAUGGGAUUUUGAAUCAGUAUUUUAAAUUUGUGAAACCUUCUUUCGAUGAGUAUAUAAGACCUACUAUGAGAUAUGCAGAUAUCAUUGUACCACAUGGUGCACAUAAUGAUGUGGCUAUUGAAUUCAUAGUAAUGAACCUUAAAAAUAUCCUCAAUCUCCCUAAAAACUAG